AAAUAUUGGAAUGAUAACUGCAAUCACAUACUUUGCCGAGGGUUGAGGCGACCGUCAAGUUUUACAGUUAAGUUGUACACCAGAGGUUUCAAAAUAUGACCAUGUUCACGCUUGUUGUAAUUCUGUUUAUUACCGCGGGAAUACAUGCAGACACUGAGAAGUCUGAGCUUCAAACGAUAACAGAUGACUUGGGAAAUAUUUUGACGGCAAACAUCACACACAAGACAGCAGAGGAUGAUAUAGCAUUGGUGGAUGAUGAAGGAAAUCCUGUCAUUAAAGUUGAUGUAUUUGAACUUGAUGGAUAUCAAAUCGACAAACCGGCCAACGAAAGUGUAUGCCUUCUCUCGGAAAUAACAGAGUCGGAAAACGGUACUCUGUGUUAUGACAGGAUAGAUUACCCGAAAACAAACCUCACUCAGAACAUUUUGGACCACUGCGAUGGACGCACAAUAUACCUACUUGUUCCAAAGGUCUGUGAUCUUGAUGAAAUAAACUCAGCAGUGACUGAAACACCUCCUGGCACAGUCCCAAGCAGAAGGAAACGAAGUUGGCGGUGCUUUUGGAGGAUUUACUAUACACUUAGGUGUUAUUCCGUGUCAAGGUGUUGUGGAUGGUUUUGUCGCAGAAGGUGUCAUGUUAGAUACGAAUAUCGCUUGGUCAAGGUCUAUUAUUUCUGGUGUGGUUAUCGGUGGUGAACUGAUGCGCUUACCAAAAUAUACAAGAAUGUCUGUUCUUUGUUGGUUAUUUUUUUUAAUUGUUUUUUUUUUUUUGUUGUUGUUGUUUUUAUUUUCAUUGGCAACAUAUAAAUAUUAUGCACGAAAAGGUGUGUCAUUUGGAAAAAAAUUGACUUUACUCUGUUCAUUAAUUUGAAAUUUCAGUUGAUAUAAUUAAAGAACAUAAGACAUAAUGUAAAAUAUUUUUUAUAAUAUUUUUGAAUAGAAUUACAAAAACUGCAAA